CACUCUAGCCAGUAUGUUCCAGAAGACCGAGCGAGAGAUCGAACUCAAAAGACAAGAAAAUACAAUUUUCCUCGCAUUUUCUUAGAAAAAUAGUGUUUUAUUUUCAUUCUUCUCAGGAGCAAAACGGUUACAUUUCCCGGGAUAGUUUUGCUUUUUUUCCUGGGAACCCACCGAGAAAUGGAGACUCAUUGACUCCUGCUCUUCAGGCAUCUAUAUUUCGUGGUUGGAAUGUGGUAAAGAGAUGUAAAAGAAGGUGAUUAUGAGUUCCUCAGUGGUUCCAUUAUCUGAGUUACUGUCCCAGACUGUCCUUGCCAUACUUGAUACUGUACAUGCUGCCAAGGAAGUCCUCAUUCAGAAGGAGAAUUUCAAGAAAUUCUCGACUUAUUUGGACAGGAUUGCAUUUAUCUUUAAAGAGUUGUCAGAGCUAAACAUAGACCACUCCAAGAGGUUAGAAAAUGCUCUGGAGGUUCUUAACCGAGAGAUUAAAGUUGCUAAGCAGCUAGCACUUGAGUGCAGAAAUAGAAACAAGGUUUAUCUCUUAAUCAAUUGCAGGAAGAUUGGGAAGCUUUUAGAGGACAGUACAAAAGAUAUUAGUCGGGCGGUAAGCCUCAUCCCUUUGGCCUCUUUGGACGUUUCAUCAGGUAUAAAAAACCAGGUUAGCAAGCUCACCAAGGAUAUGCUGGAUUCUGAGUAUCGAGCAGCUGUAACCGAGGAAGAAAUUUUGGCAAAGAUUCAGUUAGGGAUACAAGAGAGGAAUGCUGAUCGAUCAUAUGCGAGUAAUUUGUUAGUUCUUAUUGCUGAGGCUGUUGGGAUAUCCACUGAGCAGUCUGAAUUGAAGAAAGAAUUUGAAGAAUUCAAAAGGGAAAGAGAAGAUGCCACACUGCACAAUGACUUCCCAGAAGCUUUACAAAUGGAACAGAUCAUUGCAUUGCUUGAAAAGACUGAUGUCACAACACCUCCUAAGGACAAGGAGAAGGAAUAUUUUGAAAAGCGGGACUCUUUAGGUCGGCAACCAUUGGAUCCUCUGCAUUCAUUUUAUUGCCCCAUCAAUAUGGAUGUUAUGGUUGACCCCGUGGAAACUUCAUCUGGUCGGACAUUUGAGAGGAGUGCCAUAGAGAAGUGGUUUGCUGCAGGGAAUGAUGUUUGUCCCUUGACCAACAUCCCCUUGAACACUUUGGUUCUCCGGCCCAACAAAAGUCUUCGACAAUCAAUUGAAGAAUGGAAGAACAGGAACACCAUCAUUACCAUUGCCUCUAUCAAACCCAGACUCCAGUCAAGUGAAGAGCAAGAAAUGCUUCAAUCCUUAUGCAAACUACGAGAUAUUUGCAAACAAAGUGAGUUACACCGGGAAUGGAUGACAAUGGAGGACUACAUUCCAGUUCUAAUUGGACUUCUCAGUGCCAAAAAUCGUGAAAUAAGAAAUCAAGCUCUCUUCAUCCUAUUUUUGCUUGCAAAAGAUACUGAAGACAAUAAGGAAAGAAUCGCUAAAGUGGAGAAUGCACUUGAAUCCAUCGUUCAUUCACUUGCACGCCAAAUUGGUGAAAUUAAGUUGGCAUUGCAGUUGUUACUGGAACUGUCUAGAAAUAAUGUCAUACGAGAUUCUCUUGGAACAGUUCAGGGCUGCAUACUUCUCUUGGUGACCAUUUUAGGCAGUGAUGACAUUCAAGCUUCCAAAGAUGCCCAAGAGCUUCUGGAGAACUUGUCUUUCCUUGAUCAGAAUGUUAUACAGAUGGCAAAGGCAAAUCAUUUUAAACCUUUGUUACAGCGUCUAUCUUCAGGACCAGAAAAUGUUAGAUUGAUCAUGGCUGAAACUUUAUCAGAAAUUGAAUUGACUGCUCACAACAAAUUGUCCAUAUUGAAAGAUGGGGCGUUGAGGCCACUUCUUCAAUUGCUCUCAAAUGGUGAUUUAGAGAUGAAGAAAGUGGCUGCUAAAGCUCUUCUGCACCUCUCUAACGUACCAGAAAACGGCCUCCAGAUGAUCAGAGAAGGUGCAGUCGGGCCACUAUUUGAACUUCUGUAUCGUCACAGUUUAUCAUCACCAACUUUGCGUGAGCAGGUAGCUGCCACAAUCAUGCACCUUGCAACAUCCACCACUCUCCAAGAAGCUGAUCAGGAGCAGGUUUUCUUGUUGGAAUCUGAGGAGGAUAUUUUUAAGCUUUUUUCACUUAUAUCCUUAACAGGACCAGACAUACAAAUAAGCAUUCUCCAAAGCUUUCACGCAAUGUGCCAAUCUCCUCCUGGUUUUAACAUCAGGUUGAAGUUGAGGCAGCUCUCUGCUGUCCAAGUAUUGGUUCAAUUAUGUGAGGCUGAUAACCUUAUUGUACGGGCAAAUGCUGUGAAGCUGUUCCUUUGCUUGACAGAAGACGGUGAUGAAAGCACCUUUUUGGAGCAUGUGGGUCAGAGAUGCAUUGAGACAUUGCUCAGGAUCAUUAAAACUUCUAAUGAUGUAGAAGAGAUUGCUGCUGCAAUGGGUAUUAUCUCUAACCUUCCUAAGGUGAGACAACUCAAUCAGUGGCUUGUAGAUGCAGGGGCAGUCGAAACCAUUUUUGGAUGUCUCACUGAUGGAAGUAAAUACGCCUUGCACAAUAGGCAGGUAACAGAGAAUGCUGUUGGAGCUCUUUGCCAUUUCACUGUCUCAACAAAUCUGGAAUGGCAGAAGAGAGUAGCUGAAGCUGGCAUUAUCCCUGUACUUGUUCGGUUGCUGGUAUCUGGAACUGCCUUGACAAAACAAAGUGCAGCCAUUGCACUUAAGCAGUUUUCAGAAAGUUCCUUUGGCUUGAGCAAGCCGAUAAAGAGGCAUGGGAUCUUCCUGUGUUGCUCUGCCGCACCUGAAACUGGCUGCCCUGCACACUUAGGCAUGUGUACAGUUGAGUCUUCUUUUUGCAUUUUUGAGGCUAAUGCUUUGGAACCUCUGGUAAGGAUGCUUGGGGAGCCCGAUCUUGGGUCCUGUGAAGCUUCUUUAGAUGCACUCCUGACACUGAUAGAUGGUGAAAGACAGAGCGGCAUUAAAGUGCUAGCAGACGCAAAUGCCAUUCUUCCAAUUAUAAAGUUAUUGAGCUCACCUUCUGAUAGAUUGCAGGAGAAAAUUCUUAUUGCUUUAGAAAGCAUUUUUCGGCUGGACGAGUUGAAGCGCAAAUAUGGAACUUCAGCACAGAUGCCAUUGGUGGAAAUUGCUCAGAAGAAAAAUAGCCAUAUGAAAUCUCUGGCUGCCAAGGUACUUGUUCAGUUGAAUCUACUUGGUCAACAGUCUUCUUAUUUUGGGUGAUGGCAUUGUUCAUCUGCAAAUGCAGUAGCCCGUGAAUGGAGAAGCAAUAUCAUGUUCAUCAGUCCUCAUUAGAUUGCAAUCUAAGCUAGGACGAUUACUACUAGAAAAAAUGGCAAAAGUAUUUUCUUGUAGAUCUAUGUAAGCUUCUACUCAACCGUUACAGAAGGCUGAACCAAGGUUACUCACAUAGAAAUUAAGUAGCUCUAAGGUGUAGAAGCUGUCGAACAUACAUAUAAGAAUGGAUUUUUGUGGUUCUGAAUCAGAUCAAUUUUUUGAAAUACAGGACAAA